AUGGCCGACAUCUACACCCCGCCCGAGGACUCGGCCUAUCUCCUCUCGACGGCCUUCCAGAUGCCCCAUAAGAAUGGGGACAAAUGGGCCAUGGCUUUCGAUAGUUAUACUGGCACAAUCUUGACGGCAGGCCUCUCUGUCGUCAUAACCAUCUUGACCAGACGCCGAUACGUCGCGCUGGUCACCCUCUGGAACUCCAAUGACCCCUGGUUCGCCUGCAAGGAGCUUCUCCAUUACGCGGUCCAGUGUCUGAAGGAAUCCGGUCCGAAGGGCUCCAGUCUAAAUGGCACCAAAGACUCAGGUGACUUCUGGUACGGUCUUGGGUUCGGUCUCACGGCAUUCAUCGUGUUUGCUGGGGGCAUAGUAACUAGUAUCAUGGUCCCGUCAGCCCUUCUGAUCGGUAACGUCGCCCCCGUGAGACCGAGCUCCGUCUUCUGGCCCCAGGACCCUGACGACGAUGUCAAAUAUCUCCAGGUGUUUGGCCUCCGCGCCCCUGCUGCCAUGCGGUCUCUAGGCAGCGUUGAGGCAGCCCAAGUCACGUUGCGCGACAGGGUCUACAUCGAGGAGAACCCCAAGUACUCGGAGGCCAACAAUGAAGAGCCUGUCAGGGGCAUCAAGUACAACUACACCCUCUCUGGAGUGGACAUGGGUCUGCGAUGGGGAUCUGAGUUGUCCUUGGACGUGACUGGCUCCUGCAUCACCGAGUAUGGUUGGGUGGACAGGCGAGCAAACAACAGUGACAAUCCGGGAGACGUGUACCGGCUUUGGAAUAUUGAUUCAAGAGAUCAAACUAUCUUCGUACCCAUCAGCGAAGACAUCAUCCUUGAUGCUCCUUCAGCGGGUUUCAGGUCGCACCCAGAUGGAGCCGCGCAGCUUCUGAAGGAUUCCAACGUGUCGUAUGCGGUCAUGAUCUACGCGGCUCAUCGGUCUAGUAUCAGCAAAAGCACCGAUCCGUGGUAUGCCACCGAGCAGCGUAAGGAGCCGGCGCCAGGGAAUCAACUCGAGGCCGACUAUUGGAUGAAGCGGUACAGACCAUUUCUUUCCUGCUGGCAGCAGGACAAGUGGAGAUACGGAUCUCAUUCAGUCAAGUCGGUCGAUGAACUGAAAAAGAUACCUGGCAUCAAGAUCAAGGAGGUCCUGCUCGAGAUUCUUGAAUCCGCCUUUGGUGACAGCCCCAUGAUCGUGAAACUCGGGACUGCCAGCGGUACCUCAGCUCUCCGAUCUCGGACUACGAGCCCAAACGGUAUCAUUGACGCUCAGAACUGCAGGAUGAUUGAUGAUAUGGAGCGUCUCAUCUUGGCCAGUUUUGUGGCGAGCAGGAGCAUCUUCACCGAUGCCACCAUGUUCCCCGAGGUACGAUACCCGAAUCUCGUGACGGGCGGUGACAAGAAGCCAAAGAGCGGUGCGGGAGACUUUGUCGUCUCGAGCCCGGAAAUCCAGACAUUCUCUCUGAACGGAGUCACCGCCCUCCUGGUUCUCUUGGUGGUCCUGAUCCUGGCAAACGCUGCUACAUCGUGGCUCCUCGGCUUCUUUUACAGGAAUCAAAACACCACCGAGCAAGGCAACAAUCUCGUUGAUGUUGACCGGUGGACUCGGUUCCGUGUAUUUGCAGCUGUCCAGCUAUUCCGCUGUUUGUUUGAGGGCUCCGAGAACAAAGUCGAGCAAUGUGAAUGGAGCUGCGAAAAAACAGUCCCCGAUGUAAAGAAAGGUGAUUACGAGGUCAAACUUGUUAGCGGAUGUGGCGAGGACAGGUGCAUGGGGCACUUGAGCAAGACUCUCAGCAAGGGGGCAGCCGCACAAAGCGAAGGCGGGAAGGGAGACAGCAACCCGAAGGAUAAGACUGUUGUCGUGAACCCUGUCGCCAGCGAUGACGAAGCUGGUGAAUAG